AUGUUUUUUUUGGAAGACUGUGAGGUGCAAAAGAACCCAUGCAUAGCCUGGCGUUGGUUUGCUUGUCAGAUGGCGGGCUGUUGGUAUUUUCUUGUUAAAGAUGGUUUUUGGGGCUGGUGGCAUUGCUUAGGUGGCUUUUGUGUUCACUUUUUGUGGAGGAUGUGUGGUAGAUUUGUGUAG